AUGUCAAAGGUCUCAGUCUCGAGGUUCCCUGUAUUUGGGUCUGUAAGCGGACAUCCGUACCUUAAUCGAAGUGACAAACUGCGUCCGGCGACAUUUGGAGACGUUCCCAAGGUUCCUUAA